GUGGUACGGGGCAGGAUGCAAGCUCGCAUAUAUCAUGGCACGAAGGCACAUGCUCGCGAGUGCAAGUGCAAGAAGUGCAUCAAUCUACGCUUCGUCACGUUGUGUUGCGGCUGUCACUGCGCGUUUAAAAGAACUACGGAUAAUCCCGAUCAAAAUCCCGUGAUCACGUACUGAAGAAAUGUGGGAGAUGAUGAGAUUGGGAGCCAUGACGAAGGUGAUGAUGGUGCUCUGCAUGGUGGCUGGAGUUCACGAGGCUUCAGCGGGCUGCAAACAUUGCUCACAGACCAUAGGCAAGGAAGAGAAGGCCAUGUUCCGCACCCACUCCGACGCCUGCCUGGCCACGUCCAGAGCGGACCCCGGGCAGGUGGACGCCCUGAGUCGCGGCGAAUUCCUGGACACACCCCAGCUGAGGGCUCACGUGUACUGCGUGCUGUUGAAGUGCAAGGUGGUCGGCAAAGACGGCAAGCUGCAGAAGACGGCCGUCUUUGACAAGCCCGCUGUUCGCGGGAACGGAAAGGAUGUUGCUAAGAUCUUGGAGAACUGUGCUGCUCACCAGUACGGUAACGCGCCCGAGGACCUGACCUGGAACCUGUUCCGAUGCGCCUACAACAAGAAAGCUAUUCUCUUUGACUACAUGCCCAACGCAACGAGCACUCUGGAAGCAUAGCGCCAAUGACUAGUACAAAGACAUCAUUCUCUCUAGUAUUGCCUCAUCGGUAAAUGCCGCUAUUGCUAUACUGUGUGUCUUGUUAUCAUUUCCAAUUCUAUUACUGAACUUGCAACAAUGUAAAUUAGUUGUGUUUCCCUCAAAUAAAAUAAUAUCUCAAAAUCUC